GUACUCCAUUUUUCAAUUCGGUAUAACAAUAAAACUAAAUGGACUUUCGGCAUGAUUUUGCAUAAUUCAAAUUAUUGCAUUUGUUUUUUUUUUAAAAUAAGGUAGAAGGUCCUGAUGUGGUUACUAAUCUGUGUAUAAAUUUUCUACCAUCAAAUUUAACGUAUUAUAUCUUUUUUAUUUAAUUUUUAAUUAUAUUAAUUGUGAUCUAUAAAAAAAUUAUUUUUAUAUAUUUUGGAAAAAAACAUAUAUUACCACAAUAUCACUCUAUACCAUGCUGGUAACAUAUGAUAGUACAUAAAAAUUACAAUAAUUACAAUGAUAGUAUGAAUAUAUCUUAGUGUAAGAAUAUAUCUCAGCGUAUACAUGAUAAUAGAAAUAUACUAACCAAUUUACCACCAUCGACUAUGUUGGUAUAAGGUGUUAAAUUUUGGACUAAUUUUUUCCCCUGAAAAUCUAUGGAUCAAUCACAAUAACCCACGAUAAACUCGUUCCUUCUGUGCAAAUUUUCUUGACAUUUGGGUUAAAAACAAAGGUGGCACAUAGUGAUACAAUGACGGUAAUGGGUGGCACAAAAAAUUUUCGUCAAAAUAUAUCAAAAGUCAAUUUCUUUGUGAAAACAAUAUAAACUCAUUUCAUCUGGUUAUGCAUCCUAGCUAUCUGUGCUACAAGAACCUACUAGUUAAUUCCACCUCAUGAGGUGUGCUUCCAUGUUCUUUGUCAAACCAGGCUGUUCGAUUAUUACGAUAUUGUCCGCUUUGGGUUAAGCCCGCACGGAUUUACUUUUGGGUAUCCUCCCCAAAAGGCCUCGUUCUAAUUGGGCUAGGUGGACACUUAUAUACAAGGGUUCCUUCCCUUGUAUUUACGAUGUGGUACUUAAAUUUACUUUUGGGUAUCCUCCCCAAAAGGCAUCGUACUAAUUGGGCUAGGUGGACACUUAUAUACAAGGGUUCCUUCCCUUGUAUUUACGAUGUGGAACUUGAAUUGUCUCAUAACAAUCCUCCCCUUAAGACAAGGACCACGAACAUCGUGUCCUCACCUCAGCGAUUAUCUUGAUCCGCUAGACACCUUGUAUCGAUGGGCUUCUCGGUACAAGGAUUUUCCCAGACGCGGAACUCUCUUUGAUCUGCCAAACCUCCCUCGAUCCGUCAGAUGUAGCUCAAACGUGGAUCUCUCGUGGAUCCACCAAAUCAGACGCAGAUCUCAAAUCUUGAGGUCACCGAACGAGGGUCCCACCGAACUGACGUCCACCGCCGCGGAUCCGCCGAACCAGGCUCUGAUACCACUUGUCAUAACGGGGCUGCUCAUUAUUAAGAUAUUGUCCGCUUUGGGCCAAGCCUACACGGUUUUACUUUUGGGUGUCCUCCCCAAAAGGCCUCGUACUAAUUGGGCUCUCGUGGAUCCACCAAAUCAGACGCAGAUCUCAAAUCUUGAGGUCACCGAACGAGGGUCCCACCGAACUGACGUCCACCGCCGCGGAUCCGCCGAACCAGGAUCUGAUACCACUUGUCAUAACAGGGCUGCUCAUUAUUAUGAUAUUGUCCGCUUUGGGUCAAGCCUACACGGUUUUACUUUUGGGUGUCCUCCCCAAAAGGCCUUGUACUAAUUGGGCUAUCGUGGAUCCACCAAAUCAGACGCAGAUCUCAAAUCUUGAGGUCACCGAACGAGGGUCCCACCGAACUGACGUCCACCUCCGCGGAUCCGCCGAACCAGACUCUGAUACCACUUGUCAUAACGGGGCUGCUCAUUAUAUGAUAUUGUCCGCUUUGGGACAAGCCUACACGGUUUUACUUUUGGGUGUCCUCCCCAAAAGGCCUCAUACUAAUUGGGCUAGGUGGACUCUAAUAUACAAGGGUUCCUUCCCUUGUAUUUUCGAUGUGGUACUUGGAUUGUCCCAUAACAAUCCUCCCGUCAAGCUAAGGACCACGAACAUCGUGUCCUCACCUUAGCGAUUAUCUUGAUCCGCCAGACACCUUGUAUCGAUGGGCUUCUUGCUACAAAGAUUUUCCAGACGCGGAACUCUCUUUGAUCCGCCUACCAGACGUGGAUCUCUCUUGGAUCCACCAAACGCGGAACUCUUUUUGAUCCGCCAAACCGAAAUCUCUCGUGGAUCCACCAAACCAGACGCAGAUCUCAAAUCUUGAGGUCACCGAACGAGGGUCUCCCACCGAACUGACGUCCACCGCCCCGGAUCCGCCGAACCAGGCUCCGAUACCACUUGUCAUAACGGGGCUGCUCAUUAGUAUGAUAUUGUUCGCUUUGGGCCAAGCUCGCACGGUUUUACUUUUGGGUGUCCUCCCCAAAAGGCUUCGAACUAAUUGGGUUAGGUGGACUCUAAUAUACAAGAUUUCCUUCCCUUGUAUUUUCGAUGUGGUACUUGGAUUGUUCCAUAACAUUCUUGGUGUGAAGUAAACUAUAAAGUGUAAAAACUAAAAACCAUGGGCUUCUUAAUUAACAAAAAUUAUAUAAAAAAUUAAGCCCGCCCACUUGGGCUGUUAUUAUAUCAUAAAUUCAUAGUAACGUGAUUAAGGUAGGAUGUUAAUCUAAACCAUCUGCUAACCAAGAUAAUGAAAUAGAAACAUUGGUGAUUAAUUAAUUAUUGAUAAAGGAGAUUUUGGCUUUUGAUGUGUGGUACAGAUAAGCCCAUCAUCAUGUUUAAUUUUUUUUUUUUUAAACGCAUAAAUGUGUACUUCAAAUAAUGUGGAUGACUAUCUGGAGACUGGACCACUUCAAAUUUAUACCUGGGAAGCUCCGAGCAAAUCAUGGUGGCGAAGAGGCAAAAGCCAUUUGAUUAAUGGAGCACUAACUAUGCUUGUGUCGUGCGCACGCUUUGCCUUUUGAUAUUAUAAAAAAAAAAAACCAAACAAACAAACAAACAUGAUAACGAAUUCCUUUCUCUUUUUGGACCGGUGAGGAGGAGGAGCAUCUUGACUUGUAUAGUAUAGUUGUGUUGCCAAAGUACAUCCUCCAAAAUCUAAUGGGACCAUGUAAUGGGAAAUUGUAAAAUAUGUUUAGUUUAAUGUUCCUCAUCAUUUCUUCGCGUUAAAGAAAGGAUCGGGAUAAUUAACAGUACAAGAAAGAAAGAAAACACAUGAAUUUACGUGGUUGCAUUAGUUAGUCUACGGGCAAGAGACAUCUUGUUUCACUAUAUUUGAGGAGAUUACAGACUACAAAGGGAUUGUGAGAAGUAUAUAUAAUACUAUUGAGAAGUAUAGAUAGUACUUCUCUAUACGGUCUAACCAUAUUCCAAUCUAGUAAGGAAUAAAGAUUACAGACCGAA